AAACAUCUGUCAUCCAGACGUUUAAAAUAUAUUUCAGUAAAUACAUAUUCAGGUUACUUCUUUUCUUACGAUAUAUUUGUGGGCCUCAUGUAGUUGUCAGACAAGUGAGGUUGGUAUCGUCAAAUAUAAAAAAACCCAAAUUUAAUUCUAAAUGAUCGCAGUUUUAUAUUUAUAACAAAGCAUACUAUUAAUGUUAAGAAAAUUGAGUUUACAUUUUAAACAAUUGCAUGCUUUUUACUUUAAGGAAAUUCACUCAAUAUAAAUUUGACAUUUAUAAUGUGAAAUAUAUAAAAACAAAAAAGUGAGGUUAUGCUAGAAAUUUUGUAUCAUAAAUAAUUAUGUUUAAAUAAGUGUUCUACAAAAUAUGCACAAUGAAUUCUUUAAAAUGGCAAAAAAACAUGAAAUGUAUUAUCAAUAUGGGGUAUCAACAGAAUUUUGGAGUUUCUAUUUGGUCCCCUUUAGCUGAGGCAUUCAAUUCAAGACCUUCCUAUAAAUUUAACUAUCAAAAGCAUAAUGUUGGCUUAUUUGGUGUUCCUGAAUUAACUUCUGCUGAAGGUUUUAAUAUUGUGGAAGAAAUCUGCAUCAGAAAAACAGAUAGGCUGAUACAAGAAGCGCUAAGUAAUCAUAGACAUAGGAAAAUGGUUGAAAUUUUUGAUGAUAUGUCUGAUUCUUUGUGCAAAGUUGCUGAUUUGGCAGAAUUUAUUAGAUUGGCUCAUCCUGACCGAACCUACAGAAUAGCAGCUGAGAAUGCUUGUUGUGGAGUAAGUGGUGUUGUAGAGAAGUUGAAUACAAAUGUUUAUUUAUAUAACGCUUUAAAAAAAGCUGUUAUCUCAGAUAUUGAAAAUACUAGUUCAGAUAAACAUGUGGGAAAACUUUUUUUAAUUGAUUUCGAGCAAUGUGGAAUACAUUUGCCAGAAAAAGAAAGGAAUAAAGUUGUCUUUUUAACUGACCAUAUUCUUAGCUUAGGCCAAGAAUUUGUAGCAAAUUCUACUAGACCUAGAAUGGUGAAAAAGUCUGUAUUGCCUCACAACCUAAGAAAUAUUUUGGCAAGUGAUGGUGAUUCUAUUUUAGUAUCUGGUUUGUGCACUGAUUCAACUGAUCCCACUGCUAGAGAAAUGGCUUAUAGAAUAUUUCUACAUCCUGAUGAACAUCAGGAUCAAACUUUGAAUGCACUGUUGACUGCAAGACAUGAAUUGGCAAAUACAUGUGGAUUUGAAACAUAUGCUCACCGCGCCUUAAGAGGUUCCAUUUCAGAAUGUCCAAAACAAGUAAUGGAGUUUCUCAAUAAGCUUUCUCAAGAUAUAUGGCAAAAAACCCAAAUAGAUUUUAAUAUUAUGAAUCAGAUGAAAUCCAUUGAAAAUCCUCAAAUAGGGCCUUUAAUGUCUUGGGAUGUACCUUAUUUCACACAGAAAGCUAAAAAAGAUUGGUUUCGAAUUUCAAUGAAAGAAUAUUCUCCAUAUUUCUCUCUGGGGGCUUGUAUGGAUGGAUUGAAUAAUUUAUUUUCAGCAUUGUUUGGAGUACAGCUAGUUAAUUCAGAUCUGUCCCCUGGGGAGUCUUGGUCACCAGACAUAUAUAAAUUAUCAGUAAUACAUGAAACAGAGGGUCUCCUUGGUUUCAUUUAUUGUGAUUUUUAUGAACGUACUGGAAAACCUAAUCAAGACUGUCAUUUCACUAUUAGAGGUGGUAGACAACUAAAUGGUGAUUAUCAACAGCCAAUUGUGGUACUUAUGUUAAACUUGCCAACACCUCGUUGGUCAAGUCCCUCAUUAUUAAGUCCAACCAUGGUGGAUAAUUUAUUUCAUGAAAUGGGUCAUGCAAUGCAUUCUAUGUUAGCUAGAACUAAAUAUCAACAUGUUAGUGGGACUAGAUGUAGUACUGAUUUUGCUGAGGUACCUUCUAUCUUAAUGGAAUAUUUUGCUUCUGAUCAUAGAGUUCUUCAAACAUUUGCUAGACAUUUUCAAACACAAAAACCAAUGUCAGAAGAUAUGUUACAAAGAUUAUGUGCUUCUAAACGUUUAUUUACUGCCAGUGAGACUCAGUUACAAGUAUUCUAUGCUGCAAUUGAUCAAAAAUACCACAGUAAGCAUCCCUUGGAAGGUUCCACCACUGAAGUAUUGGCCGAGACUCAAAAAGACUUUUAUUGUUUACCAUAUAUAACAAAUACAGCUUGGCAGUUACGAUUUAGCCAUCUUGUGGGUUAUGGUGCAAAGUAUUACUCAUACUUAGUGUCUAGGGCUUUAGCCUACUCUAUCUGGAAGAAAUAUUUUGAAGCUGAUCCUUUCAGCAGAACAAAUGGAGAAAAAUAUAGAGAAGAAUGUCUCAGCCAUGGAGGAGGUAAACAUCCAAGAGAUUUAGUAACAGAAUAUUUACAAGUAGUUCCCAAUCCAGAAGUUCUAUCAAAGUCUUUAACAAAUGAAAUAGAAUUCCAUCAAAGCCAAGUUAAUAUAGUUUUAAAGAAGCGAAAAUUACUGCCAAAUUAAUUGUAAUUUCAAAAUUUCAUUUUGUACAAAUUGUAAAUAUAUACUCUUUUUGGUU